CAGUGACAUGACCACUGAAAAAACUACCGCAGCGCCGCAAGAGAACCAGCCUCCUACUGUGACCCCAUUCCAGUAAAGAAGACUUCUAAAUUCCCCCACAGUAACAAGGUGAGCGGUCUCUGUGCGAAUUUCCCACAACCCCAUCUUCGACGCUGCUGGAAGAGUAGCUUCGUGUAAUGAAGACGUUCGUAUCCCGGUAAGGGUAAGCAGCAUGUUCAUCUGUUGGACUCAUACACGUUGUGUCCCCAACUCACGAUGACAGCUCGCAUCAGGACUGUGGAUGCACUUUUCAAAAGUCUGGGUUUCUGAGAGGAAGCAUGAUGGACGCAGUGGACAUAGUUGCCUCUGUGCUGGUUUUGGGGAUUAUUGUCGUGUCGCUGCUGUCCAACGUUGUGGUGCUGAUCUGCUUUAUGUACAAUCCGGAGAUCCGCAAACAGGUACCCGGCCUUUUUAUUCUCAAUUUGACGUUUUGCAACCUGUUGCUGAGCGUGUCCAACAUGCCACUAACUCUGAUCGGGCUCAUCACCACGGGCCACCCCGGGGGCAGCGGUUUCUGUCAAAUUGUGGGUUUCCUCGACACUUUUCUCACCACAAACUCCAUGUUGACCAUGGCAGCUCUUAGCAUCGAUAGAUGGGUGGCGGUGGUGUUCCCGCUGAGCUACCACUCAAGAAUACGGCACCGGGAUGCAGUGAUAGCUCUAGGAUACACCUGGAUACAUUCACUUUGCUUCUCCACGGUGGCUACCUGCCGUUCCUGGGUCGGCUACAACCACCUUUACGCAUCGUGCACGCUGUGCAGUGUGAGAGCAAAGGGAGCCGGGACGCAGUUCAUCAUUUUCACCGUGGUUUUGCACUCUCUCACUUUCCUUCUCACGCUGAUCGUGCUGUGUGUAACGUAUCUCAAAGUUCUCAAAGUUGCGAGGUUUCACUGUAAACGCAUCGACGUCAUUACUAUGCAGACACUGGUGCUGCUUGUGGAUAUCCACCCCAGUGUACGCCAGAAAUGCUUGGAUGAACAGAAGCGGAGGAGGCAGAGGGCCACCAAAAAAAUCAGUACAUUCAUCGGCACAUUUAUGGUGUGCUUCACGCCUUAUGUCAUUACAAGAAUUGUAGAGCUUUUCAUCCCAGGACCCAUAAACCCUCACUGGGGUGUGCUUUCCAAAUGCUUGGCCUACACCAAGGCAGCAAGCGACCCAUUUGUCUACUCACUCUUGCGUCACCAGUACAGGAAGACCUGCAGCCUUCUGGCAAACAAAGUCCUCAAGAGGAGCACGUUCAACUCCUCCUCACUCAGGAUAGAGAACAAUGCAAGGAGAAGUGACAACUCCUCCAACGCAACCAACAAUGUCCAACCACCGACCGAAAAACCCCUCGGCCAGUGAACGUCAACACAGUGACAGAUGCCCAUGUUCAUGAUUACAAGAAGCAUGUCACACAGUGCUACUUACUGUAGAUGUGUUUUUCAAUUAUUAUUUGUUAAAUCUCAGUACAGUAGGUUUAUUGUGGAGGGGGGGGGAUGUAGGCCAGCUAUGUUUGUAGACUUUAAUGGCAUUGAGGAUUUAAUACAAGUGUACAUCUUUUUCUGCAAAGGUUUUGGAC